GCGUACUGCGCGCGGCACAACUUCAUUUUUGUGUUUACACAGUGCGUGGUUCACAACGUGGAAUUUGCAUUGAAAUUUUAACGCUAACACGUCAGAAAUACCUAGCUGUAUUUGACAAUGACAACAUACAAUCACACAUCAAAAUCUUAGGACGUAAGUGAUUUCCUCCUGAAGCUUUUCUCUCCGUGAAGAUGUCUGAUGCUUGCAGCUCCGAACCUGCCGGAGCCAUCAGGGCCAUUGACAAGCAUUCAGUGCAUCAAAUCUGCUCAGGACAGGUGGUGCUGACUUUGGCCACUGCUGUUAAAGAGCUGGUGGAGAACAGCGUGGAUGCAGGAGCCACCAACAUUGAUGUCAAGCUGAAGGAGCAUGGAGCAGAACUAGUGGAAGUGUCAGACAAUGGCAAAGGAGUCGAAGAGGCCAACUUUGAAGGACUGACUUUGAAGCAUCACACAUCAAAGCUGAGGGAUUUUUCAGAUCUCAUCCACGUGGAAACAUUUGGUUUCAGAGGUGAAGCUCUCAGCUCUUUAUGUGCUCUGAGUGACCUGAGUGUGGUGACAUGCCAUGAGUCCAGCCAGGUGGGCACCAAGCUGGUGUUUGACCACAAAGGUCACCUGGUUCAGCGGUCACCUCAUCCCCGGCAGCAAGGCACCACAGUCAGCCUGCAGCAGCUCUUCUGCACCCUGCCUGUUCGACACAAGGAGUUUCAGCGCAAUAUAAAAAAGGAGUUUACCAAAAUGGUACAUGUCCUGCAGUCCUACUGCAUCGUCUCCACAGGAGUGCGUAUUACCUGCUCUAAUCAAACUGGACAGGGAAAGCGCAGCACAGUUCUUAGCACCAGCGGCAGCCAGAGUAUGAGAGACAACAUAGGAGCUAUAUUUGGACCAAAACAGCUACAAAGUCUUCUGCCUUUUCAGCAAGUGUCCCCUACAGAAAAUGUUAUAGAAGAAUACGGACUCAAGGAGGAAGAACUACCCAAACAGCUUUUUUCCAUCACAGGGUUUGUGUCUCGAGGAGACCAUGGUGUCGGGAGAAGCGCCACAGACAGACAGUUCUUUUUCAUAAACAACCGACCAUGUGAUCCCCUUAAAGUGACCAAACUUGUGAAUGAAGUGUAUCAUAUGUAUAACAGACAUCAGUAUCCGUUUGUUGCCUUGAACAUAGCUGUUGCUUCAGAGUGUGUGGAUGUAAACGUGACUCCAGACAAGCGGCAAAUUUUCCUUCAGGAGGAGAAACUCUUGUUGGCUAUUCUAAAGACCUCUCUCAUCAGCAUGUUUGAGUCUGGAGUCAAUAAAAUCAGCCUGAGCAACAUGUCUAUACCCAGCACCAAUACAAGGUCUACAUCUGAGCUGUGUCAGGUUGUCCCGUCUAAUGAGAACAUGCCAGAACCCGGAGAGGACACGGAGGCAGUGAUUCAGAGCCCGAAGUCGUCCCUAAACCUGGCUGGCCUAAAAGCUGCUUUUUCAAGCCAUCACAGCUCUAAUUCUGGUAUCAGGUCUAACAUGUCAAAACCUGCAAAGAGUGGCCCUGCUCAGAAGACACUUCAGUCCUUUUUUAAGGGUCCUGAAAAACCUCCUACCUGCAACCCACGUGUUAAAUCUCCAUUAAAACCCACAAGAGAUUUAACUUCAUGCUCACCAGUGGGAAAGUCUUUGCUAGAUGGGUUCAGGUAUGGCAGGGUGCCAUGCAGCGAUACAGACUCUGAGAAAAACGUUGCUCUGAUCAGUUGUGACUCCAUUACAGCACCAGAUAGUCAAUGUCCUGGUCCAGAGUUCAGCUCUCCUGAACUGGUGAUUGACAGUGUAAAAAACGAAACAUUCGAAGACACAUCAGAUAAAAGUCACACAGUUCCUGAAGACCCAGAAUUGCAAGAUGAACCAUGCACUUCCACUGAGGACUACCCUGUGAGCCCAGAUGCCAAGAGAGCUAGGAAAGACAGUCCGCAUUUCCCCACAGAGAGCAAAUCCACCACUGUUUCACACUGUUCAGAGGGAUCCUCCUCCUCUUCCUCCUCCUCCUCCUCCUCCGUGGUGGUGGAUGCUCCAGUCUGCUUACAGAGGAGGACGGUGCCUCUCCAGUUCUCUCUACAAGAGCUAACAGGGAAGAUGAGGAGGUUGCAGGACGGGCAGAAACAAAGGGCCAAUGAGGAGCUGCGCUACCGACGUUUCAGGGCCAAGAUCAACCCUGGAGAAAACCAGAGUGCAGAGGAAGAGCUUAAGAAGGAGAUCAGUAAAGACAUGUUCAAAGAGAUGGAGAUCAUCGGUCAGUUUAACUUGGGCUUCAUUAUCACCAAAUUGAACUCGGACGUCUUCAUGAUUGACCAGCAUGCCACAGAUGAGAAAUACAACUUUGAGAUGCUGCAGCAGCACACAGUGCUCCAAGGACAGAAACUCAUCGUCCCUCAGAAACUCCAGCUCACUGUGGUCAGUGAGAACGUACUAAUAGAGAACAUUGAGAUUUUCAGAAAGAAUGGCUUUGAAUUUCUGGUUGAUGAGGAUGCUCAGGUGAUGGAAAGGGUAAAGCUGGUGUCUAUGCCCACCAGUAAGAACUGGACAUUUGGUCCUGCUGACAUUGAGGAGCUGAUUUUCAUGUUGAGUGACAGCCCGGGAGUCAUGUGCCGACCAUCCCGCGUCAGGCAAAUGUUCGCCUCCAGAGCUUGUCGGAAAUCUGUGAUGAUUGGCACUGCUCUGAGCACCAGCGAGAUGAAGAAGCUCGUGGUUCACAUGGGGGAGAUCGAGCAGCCGUGGAACUGUCCUCACGGCAGGCCCACCAUGAGACACCUGGCCAACCUGGACGUCAUCUCUCAAGACUGACCAAGUCAAGGAAGAACCUGUCUGAGGAUCUUACUUUACACUGAUUUUAUGUAACUGUGACUGUGAGUUCAGUCCAGUUUAUCCUUGUGGAUACUGUACAUUUCUGUGGUUCAAAUGUCUGACUGUGCAGUGUUUUUUUGUUAUUAUUGUUUCUUUGUCUGUUUAGAUGUUUUCAGAACACUAUAGUUUUUAUAUUGUAAGAGCUAAUUAUUGGGAGAAAUAAACAAUAUGUAGAGCGUCA